AUGCUUGGGAUGAGUGACCACUCACAGCUCCCCCACCAGCGUCGCCCUGGAGGAGACAGUGCGACUGCCAUUUUCAACGCCGAUAGGAGUUCCCACAGUGACUCACACAUAGCUCAACAGAAUUUUCUUGAUGGUUUUCACCCUUUUCAGUUUCGUCACUGGGAGCCUCGGGGGUCUUUGGAAGGAGUAUACGUGUCUGAGGUGGGUCAGGAUGCUGAUCUGCCCUGCGCCUACUCUCCACCCACCCCUGAGGAUCUCGUGCCUGUGUGUUGGGGCAAGGGACCCUGCCCUUUGUUUCAAUGUCACAGUUUGGUACUCAGCACUGAUGGAAGGAGCUUGAGCUAUUGGACAUCCAGCAGAUACCUACUAAAGAGGAAUUUCCGCAAAGGAGACGUGACCUUGACCAUAAAGAAUGUGACUUUAGAGGACAGUGGGACCUAUUGCUGCCGGAUCCAAUUCCCAGGCCUAAUGAAUGAUCAAAAAUCAAACCUGGAGUUGGUCAUCAAACCAGCCAAGGUCACCCCUGCUGGGACUCCAUGGAGGGACAUCACUACAGCCUUUCCAAGGAUGCUCACCACCGAGGGACCUGGCUCAGAGACACAGACACUGGAGACCCUCCAUGAUAAAAAUCAAACAGAAAUAUCCACACUGGCUAAUGAGUUACAAGACAUGGGCGCCACCACCAGAAUAGGCCUCUACAUCGGAGCAGGGGUUUCUGCUGCGCUGGCUCUCGUUCUUAUCUCUGGUGCUUUAAUUCUCAAAUGGUAUUCUGAUAGCAAAGAGAAGAUACAAAAUUUAAGCCUCAUCACUUUGGCCAACCUCCCUCCCUCGGGGUUAGCAAAUACAGCAGGAGAGAGGACACAUCCAGAGGAAAACAUCUAUACCAUUGAGGAGAACGUAUAUGAAAUGGAGGAUCCAUACAAGUAUUACUGCUCUGUCAGCAGUGGGCAGCAGUCCUGACAACGCCUGGGCUGCUGUCUUUCAACGCCACCAGAUUCACCACUUCCUUUUGGGGUUUGGUGUUAUCUUCUUUGAAAACUAUGAGAUGGCUCACCUGACUGGUUUUAGAGGUUCUGUCCUUGGCCACCGAGCAGAGUUUUUCCAUGUUCUAAAGAUAAGGAGCUCACCCGAGGAUUGAACUGGGACCAGCAUUGUACUUAGACAGGCACAACAUUACCUCUGUGUUCCCGCCACCCAACCCGGAGGCUGCUAAUCAGGGCAUUAGAGCUCAAAUGGGCUUUUAUAGAGAGUAGGAAUUCUUAAUAUGGGGUCUCUGGAAUUCCAGAUAUUCAGUUAUAUGGUGUGUCCAUGAAGCUUCUGAAAAUACAGGGGAAAUUAUGUGCUGAGAUACGUGCGUGUCUUUUUCGGUACAGGAAGUCUAAAGGGGCCGCCGAUUCUCAAAGAGCUCUGUGAACCGUAGCAGGUUCGGAAACUAUUGAAGUAGGAGUAGAUGGUCUUGAAGGUUCCCUUUGAGUCUCAAGGUUGAUGCUUCUUUGAAUGUUGACUCUGUGACAGUAAGUGCCAGUGCACAGCUCUCCUUGGCCUAAGUUAAGAAGACUGCCCAGCAAGGUCUGUGGUGUGGCAGGUGCUCCUGGAGAAAGAGGAAGUAUGCUUAGUGUGUGUUGACAGGUUUUGCUUGGGGUGCACUCAGAGGGAAAGAUCUCUGACCAACUUCUCCAUUCAUGGAGAGAACUGGAGCUGUGUUUCUCACAAAAGAAGAAGCAGUGACUGGGACACAAAUUCUGUUUCCUGGUGGAAAGUAGGUAAAGGGCUCCAGCCAUCUGUAUUUGUCCCUGUCAGAUCCCCUGAUGGAAAGACAAUGGCCCUUAAGCUUUAGUUCCAAGAUGGUAGAGAGUAGGUCUAUCUUGCCUAUUUGCUUCCUCCCCAGUCUUGGCACAGCUCUGACACAUAAUACGGAUAGAAAUUUACUAAAUAUCUUCAGAGUUAAAAAAUUAAAGAAGCAGAAAGGUAGAUUCCUGGGAAGACUUUUCCAUUGGAGAGCUCAGAUAGAGCUUCACUUGUUGGGGAGCUCGAAAAUACUCCUAAGCUCCCUUUUCUGCUCUUGUCCAGCAUCUGCUCUUCUCAGCAUCCUCUCCCUUCUCAGGCCCUUGGAAGUGUGUUAUUGUCUUUUUUCCCCUUUCUGCUGAAUGAAUCAACAAUAGGGGCCUGUCGCUGCCUGAAAACUGCCUUCCCCAGGUGAUGACUGAGCUGCUACUGCGUUGCAUGCAGGAGAUGUUGGUCACCAAGGAUGCAGGCAGCCUGUCUGUUGCAGCGUUUGGGCUGCAUCUGGGCAGUAUUGGGAAGCACUGGCUUUCUACAGGGAGAUCAGUUUGCAAAGUUCCAGGCAGUAGCUUUUAAACAAGCUGAAAAAUUAAGUGUUUUAAAUUUAUGAAAUUCUAGAGGGAAGGGACCACAGAAAACCUAUGAACCAGAUUAAUGAUUCCCCCACAAAAGGGAUUCUUAUUCUGCAAAAAUCUUUACACAAGGAUAUAGAUACAAGGGCGAUCAUUGCAAUGGUGUUUGCGAGCGCUGUUUUCCAUCAGUUGGGGAAUAACUGGUUAUUGUGGUAUGUCAACACACUGGCACAAGUAAAAAAAAUUAGGUGGUUUCAUCAUCGAGCUGUUUUGCUAAUUCAACAAAUGUUAAGUGCUUACUCUGUGCCAGGUUCUCUGGUGCUGGGAUCGCAGAGAGAGACCAAAUAGACACAUCCCUGACCCCACAGAACUUCUGAUUGAUCUGACAGGAAGGAUGAUUUCAUUCAGUCAGUCAUUCUUUCAGUGAACGUUUUUUGUCGACUGCUUUGUGCCAGACACUGUUUUAGUUCCUAGAAAUAUAGCAGUUAAGGAAGCAGACAAGAUCCCGACUCUCACAGACCUUGUGUUACUUGUCAAAGGAGAAAUCUAUACUGCUAAGUCAAAAGA